AAACCAGCUUUUAAGACACUUAAAAGGAAGCGUCACUUUAAACGAAAAAAGAUAAUAAUUAAUAUAUAAAAUGUCGUUUUCAUACAAAAACAAGAAUUUUUACUUGGACUCCCUUCCUGGUCUUGGCAAUCUGGAGCAGGAUGUUCAAGCGAAGAUCGUGGCCCAGAUGGAGGCGAAAAUAAAAAGAAUUUGGGAAGGAGCCUAUUUUGACCCGGAUGCACUUUGCGAGAUGAAGGAGUCGGUGCCAUACAGUCUCAACAUUGAUGAGUUCUGGCACCACUCCGUUCCUUUUGUCAACAAGAUCUUUGUAGUGGUGCUGACAAAUCUUAAUACGGGAGGCAUAAAUCUGGUCUACGCUGUCAACUGCUGCUUAAAUUGUAGUCCGGAGACGAAGAGAUUUCUGACUAAAGCUGACGAGGUGACUGACGCAAUAGUCCUGGUUAUGCAACAAGUGCCACCACGCCGACAUAAAAAUAUUGUGGCACUGGUGUCGGACCGCGACCGGAUGAAUGUCCGUGCUUCUACCUCCUGUGGUGUUUGACUCCACCCAUCUUGUCAGCCAGUUGAACAUGGAGAAGGAGCCCUUCGAAUCGGUUAGUGUGGAGGCAAUACUUGCGACUCCUUUUAAAAGGGCGACCUUUACGAGCCAGCUAAACGAGAUCGAGACGCUGUGCAAUGCUUCCAAUUACAACACGCUGCAAUUACUAUGGGAGUUCUUAACGUCAUCGGAGAAGGUGCUAAAGAAGGUGUUCGGGUUGGAUGCCGGCAUAACCAGCUUCACCGUCCAGCACCUUUCCAACCAUAAAUUGGAGGCAUAUGGACGUAGUGCCAUAAGCCAGUUGCCAUUCGUUGAGAAGGAGCUAUGUGCCGAGGCAGGUGUAGUGUUCUUCUUGCUGUAUGAAAAAUCAAAUCAGACCCCAUAAAAUAUAUGUAUUCAGUUGGACCACGGUUAUCCGGGCUACCAUUGUCCGGGAUAAAGUUAAAGUUCUCUCUGUUAACCAUGAUAACCUUUCAGAAUUUGGUGUUUUGCCAGAACAACAUUGCAUAAAUAUUUGUAACUUUUGAUCAAUAAAAGUUUGUAAAACC